GCCUUCCCACAGUGCUCCACGAGAGUCGCUAUGGAGGCCGGCAGGACCGCGGUGUUGCGCGUGAAGCGGAAGCGUAGCGCGGAGCCCGCCGAGGCUCUCGUGCUGGCCUGUAAACGCCUCCGGAGCGGCGAGGUCGCGUCGUCUGCUCCGGAGACGCCAGAGGGUCCGGAGACAGCGGCUGAGAGUAAUGUUUUCCAGUUGGUUGCUACCGUGCGCUCCCAGGAAGAGCCAAUCCAGCAGCUUGUGCGGGCUGCCCUGCGCCCGUCCCGGAGCAGCCAGCUGCGUAUUCGCCGCGAUCUUCGUGCCUCAGUUCGCGAGGUCCGUAAAGAGGGCCGCUACAAGGUAGUCUCCAGCCACCGAUCUUCAGGGAUCUCUAGUAGUUUGGAGCCCCAGUGUGUGUCAGAAGCUGUCGGGGAUGCAAGCUUCCAGCUGUUGGACCUGGUCCACGAGGAGGGAGACCCAGAAGCUGCUGCCACAGACUGCUGCCAAACAUCUGAUCCAGAUGUGAUCCUCUGCAAUUCGGUAGAGUUGAUCCGUGAGAGGCUGACUGUAUCUGAAGAUGGACCACAAGUGGAACACCAAAAGGAACCAAAGCAUAAUGAUGACUAUGUAUAUGACAUUUACUAUAUGGAGAUGGCCCCUCCAGGAUGGAUCGAAAACAUCUUGUCUGUGCAGCCCUACAGCCAGGAGUGGGAGCUGGUGAAUGAUGAUCAGCAACCAGAAGACACAUAUGAUGAUGAUGAUGAUGAAAACAGUGAAAAUAAUUGGCGCAAUGAGUACCCAGAUGAAAAAAGCAGUGAUGGAGAUGAAGAUUCUAGAGGCUCUAAUGAAUACAACAGCUUCAGUGAGGAGGAAAGAGACAGCAGGCACUUGGUGUGGAGCAAGUACCCUUUGGACGUGCAGAAGGAGUUUGGCUAUGAUAACCCCCAUGAUCUGGAUUCAGACUGAUGGUCUCAUGAGAUUCUUCCACAAGCCCUUGAGGGCUCAGUGACUACACUACCAUCAUCUUAGGAUGCCUAACUGAACAUGUAGAAAGAAAAACUACCCCAGCACAGUCAAGACUAACUAAGGGCUCUUCUACUUGUAAGUGCUAGGUGAAGCCAAGAAUGCUGGCUCAUGCCUGUAAUCUCUAGCAUUCAAGAAUCUGGGAGCAAAAGGAGCACUGAAAAUGCAAGGCUAGCCUAGGCUACAUAGAAAGUUCUAGGCUAACCUGGGCAAAAUAAGAUUCUAUUAAAAGAACAAAAAUAGUAAGUGAUCCUACCGUCUGGAAAAUAAAAUGAUGUAAAACCUCCA